UGUUUGUAAAUAUUGGAGGAUGAAGAAAGCACAUGUCAAACGCGGGAAGCGUGCAGAUAUGGGGAAAGGUAAACAUAAUCGCAAGGUUAAAUCGAGAGAACUUGCCAAUACAGACGAUUCAAGUGAUGUCAUCAUUUCGAAACUGAAAUUAGAAGAUACUUCUUCUGACAAAGGUAGUAACACCUCAGAAGAUGAAUAUUCCGAAACUUACUUGUCAGAAGCACCCUUUCCAGUUGGUAUGUGGGAUAUGGAACAUUGUGAUCCCAGAAAAUGCAGUGGAAGAAAACUGUCUCGCCAUGGAUUGAUCCAGACUCUACGCCUUGGACAGAGAUUUAAUGGCAUUGUACUCACUCCUGUAGCAGAAAAGUCUGUUGCUCCUGAUGAUCGACAUAUUGUUGCUGAAAACGGUGUGGCUGUCGUUGACUGUUCCUGGGCAAGACUGGAAGAGACCCCUUUCUCCCGGAUGAGAACUGCCAAUCCUAGGCUCCUGCCCUUUUUAGUUGCAGCAAACCCAAUUAACUAUGGCAGACCAUGGCAGCUCUCCUGUGUGGAAGCCCUGGCAGCAACAUUUUUUAUCACAGGGUUCGAUGUGGAAACUACACAGAAAGUUAUCUCUCAGUUGGAGCAUGUGAUGAGAAAUCUAGGGAGGAAACUGAAAGAUGUGGGUAGACCCACUCUCACACUCCUGUAUGGCUGCACCCUUGUUGGUACAGUCUACUUUCAAGAGACCAUAGAUGCUGCGUAAUGUACUCAAGCAUCUGUCAACAUCAAUCUUGUGACUGAAAGUUGUAAAUUGUUAGCCAAGAAAUUAACCUAUACACAAAAUUCUUGUAUUUAUAUAAGUUUCAAGGAAUUAGUUGUUUAGAAGAAAAAAGUCACUACUACGGACAGUGUUAUUCCACAUAAAUGCAUCUUUUUUCAAGUAGGAGGAUUAACUUCCCAACACAUUAUGUAACUUUAAAUCUUGUUUGUCUUGGUUUGAUGUUCCAUGAC